AUGGGCAACCAGCAGUCUAGCAACAAGGACAAAAAGGCCGACAAGGCCGGGAACGACGGUGUCCCACUCGGUCGCGAGUACUACCGCUCUUUUGAGCGAUCCGACACUAAAGAGUCCACACGCUCGCUGCGCAACUCGCUCAGGAAUAAGAUUCCAGGGACGGGCAAGUCUGAAAGCCCACGAAACUCUGUUGCCGGCCUCCCCGACGCCAACGGCAAGACAGACAAGAUAGACGCAGCUUCGGGCAAGUCCAAAGGAGGAUCGCGGAGGAACUCGAUCGCUUCAACUUCAGUCCCAGCUGAACCAGCACCGGAGACGGCAGACAAGGUCGAAGCCACCGCAGAUGACGACGACCAACCGCCGCCCUCGCCAGUCCAUGGCGCAACACUUGGAACAGGCCAUGAAGGCGUGAGCAAGGCUCAGCGAACUGGCGAAGUUGACCACGUCUCUGAUGUGCCGCCGACAGGGGUGGCACAACCCUUGGCUUCUGCCCAGCCGGGAGAGUCGAUUCUGCAAAGGAAAGAUCAGCCAAUUCCAAGGCUUCCAGAACCUCCAGCAGCUACUGAUGGUUCAGGCUCGCCUAUGGAGAUCAGCGCGCUCAAGUCAAUGGAUCUGGAUGACAUGAUUCAGCGACUACUCGACGCAGCCUAUGCUGGCAAGGUCACCAAGACUGUCAGCUUGAAAAAUGCUGAGAUAUUCGCCAUUUGCUCAGCCGCCCGAGAAGUCUUCCUCAGCCAGCCCGCACUGCUCGAACUAUCACCGCCUGUGAAGAUUGUCGGCGAUAUCCAUGGACAGUACACCGACCUAAUCCGCAUGUUCGAGAUGUGCGGAUUCCCACCCAACUCCAACUAUCUCUUCCUCGGCGAUUACGUAGACCGCGGCAAACAGAGCUUAGAGACGAUUCUCCUCUUGCUCUGCUACAAGCUCAAGUUCCCCGAGAACUUUUUCCUCCUCCGCGGCAACCACGAAUGCGCCAACGUCACACGUGUAUAUGGCUUCUACGACGAGUGCAAGAGACGGUGCAACAUCAAGGUUUGGAAAGCCUUUGUGGACACCUUCAACACGCUUCCCAUCGCGGCCAUCGUGGCACAAAAGAUCUUCUGCGUGCACGGCGGUCUGUCUCCCAGUCUGUCUCACAUGGACGAUAUUAGACAAAUUGCACGACCUACGGACGUACCAGACUACGGUCUACUGAACGACCUGUUAUGGAGUGACCCUGCGGACAUGGAAAAUGACUGGGAGUCCAACGAACGAGGCGUCAGUUACUGCUUUGGAAAGAAGGUCAUUAUGGAGUUUUUGGCGCGACACGACUUUGAUCUUGUGUGCAGAGCCCACAUGGUUGUAGAAGAUGGCUAUGAAUUCUUCACAGACAGAGUCUUGGUCACUGUGUUUUCAGCACCUAACUACUGCGGCGAAUUUGACAAUUGGGGCGCCGUCAUGUCCGUUUCGGGAGAACUGCUCUGCAGUUUUGAGCUGCUUAAACCACUGGACUCUAGCGCACUCAAGAGUCAUAUCAAGAAGAGCAGGAACAAGCGUCAAAGCAUGCUCAACUCACCACAGUACUGA